AUGAAGACCUUUCUGAUGCUCAUCCCAAUUGUUAGCCGAUUCUUGGCAACAAUCGGGGUCCAUCCCUCCGGGCAGGAAUUGGCCGCGCUGGGGCAGGACGCUUCGAGGGGAUGUCGAGAAGGGAUCCUGGUGGACUCGCCGGCUCCGGCCCGGAUCGUCGAGCUUGUACCGGUCGAUGGAGCAGUCCCGAUCGACAUGCCCGCCUACGAUCACGUCUCGUCCUACGACAAAAUGAUCCGGGAAUACAAUGCACAACACAACAUUGCCUUGCCAGAGGCCGGAGCGAUGGUCCCAUAUAAUCCGGCCGACAGAGCCGCCCGAGACAGCCGGAUCCUCCGCCCGGGCUCAGCAAUCACUCGGACCCGGGACGGGGACGAUCGUAUUUGCACCAAGGGUUGCAUGGUCAGUUGUGGCACGUUCUGGCUCGGCGUGAUUGUCGUCGUCGUCGUCCUGCUGCUCAAGGUGCUCCAUCCCGAGGCAAAUUCCGGCUCGGGCUACCAAUCCACAGCAGUCCGCUCUCCUCGUCGUGGGUUGUGA